UAUAUGUAAACUGAAGGAAUUUAAUGUCUGAGCGAAGAAGCCCCUACUCCAUUUCCCUUAUUGUCUGAAUUACAAAACCCUUUAAGACACGGCUAACUAAUAAAGAAUCUGUCAACAAGCGGGACUAACUAGACACACAUUAGGUACUUGCUUUUAGACAAAGAUCUACUCGCAAUCGUUUGUAAUAUUUAAAAUUGAAUAAUUUUAUAUGGCCACCCCAUAAAAAUAAAACUUAAUUAAAAUAAAGUUCUAAAAUAUGUUGAUAGGUACUUUACUCCUUAUCAAUUCAAUGCUAGAUUAUAAUUAAAGGUAAGUAGACGAUUCUGUAUUAAAUUUUACCUCAUGUGUUUUGUCUGGGCAUAAAUUCAGCAAUGACAACAUUAUCUUAUUCCAAUAAUUACUAUCUUGUUUAAUGUUUGAACUUGUGACGGGUCAUAAUGUUAACUAUCUUAAUGUAAACAAGUAUUUACAAAUUUCGUUCCGAUAAUUCGUUGGGAGCUCAGUUAAUUUACUUUACCGACUAAAGAUACUAGUGCCCUUAGUGCCAAGAUGAGAUUAUUAUUACUAUUAUGUAUUUUCGCUGUUGCAUAUAUCUCAGUCUGCCAAGGAAAUGACCUGAUUGUAGGGACUAGUUACAAUACACGUCUAAUAUGGCAACAAAAGCUUGACUACAUGGCGAUUCCAUUCAAAAAACGAGUUAAAGAAAUGUUCUACUCGGAUCCCGGACAGCAGAUCAUUAAGGGUAUUGUAGCGAGGGAGACCGAUAAAACAAAUGCAAAUGGCAUUAUAACAGCCGGCGGUGUAGGGUCAACUUUCGUAAAUAUUCGAUUCAAAAGCGAACGUGGCAGUGGUCUGCACUAUCAAAUUGAAAUCUAUAGUUAAUUAUAGGUAUUUGCUGGAGUAAAUCGUGCCGCAAUAAUUGUUUAGGUACUUCUUAUACUGUAAGUGAGUGUAACAAUUAAAAAGUUAUUAUACACUUCA